AUGACUCAUGAGUUACGGUGUUUUCGCGGGCGUGGCAGCGGCCACAAAAGGCAACCACAAGUCGAAAGCGAUAAUGGCAACGAAGAAGUACAGGAGACCGCGUUAGGACGGCGAGAUGGAGACGAAGGGGCUGGCGUCUGUGGAGAUGGACCCGCUACCGAUCAUGAAGAUGGCGGUCACCAAGGUGGUAGUCAUCGCGAACCCCAGUUUGCCAUGGCUGAGACGAACGACAGUCCAGUGGCUUUCGAUUGCCCUCCCAUGAGGAUGGUCGAACGCGAGAUGCUCAGUCUGCCCGACCGCGCAGCGGAGACCGGGAUCAACAACGCGAAACCCCACUGCUUUUACCCGGACAAGUCGUGGACGAGGAGGGCGACCCUCGCGGCCCUCAUCGGUACCACACUUGAGAUCAAAUAUCUUAAUAAGAGCCGUUUCUUCAAGGAAUUCAGAGUGCAAUCGCUCCCGUACUCCAGUGCGUAG